AUGAGUUCAUCAGAGACAGGUACUGGUGAUGGAGCGGUGCCGUGGCCGAACAAGAAGGAUGACUACUCGUUGGACGACUCAAUUGGUGUCGGAGCGACGGCUACCGUUUACAAGGCACUGUGUAUACCACGAAAUGAGUAUUGUGCAAUCAAAUGUAUAAAUCUCGAAAAGUGCCAGACAUCAGUGGAUGAACUCUCGCAUGAAAUACAGGCGAUGUCAUUAUGUUCACAUCCGAAUGUGGUCAACUAUUACACGUCGUUUGUGGUUGGUGAAGAGUUAUGGGUAGUUAUGCGAUUGUUGAACUGUGGGAGUAUGUUGGAUAUACUGAAACGUAGAAUUAAGGAAAUGGGCAAAGAGGCAGCAAUGUCUGGUGUACUGGAUGAAGUGAUUAUAGCAACAGUACUGAAGGAGGUAUUGCGAGGGUUGGAGUAUUUCCAUAGUAGUGGUCAGAUACAUCGUGAUAUUAAGGCUGGUAAUAUCCUGUUAGCAGAUGACGGUACUGUACAAAUCGCUGAUUUUGGUGUUUCUGGAUGGUUGGCCGCAAGUGGAGGCGAUUUGUCACGUCAGAAAGUACGUCACACAUUUGUGGGCACACCAUGUUGGAUGGCACCAGAAGUGAUGGAGCAGGUGUCGGGCUAUGAUUUCAAAGCGGAUAUCUGGAGUUUCGGCAUUCUGGCUAUUGAACUGGCCACCGGUACGGCUCCGUACCAUCGAUUCCCGCCGAUGAAGGUACUUAUGUUAACGCUACAAAAUGAACCACCGAAUUUGGAUACGAACGCAGAACGAAAAGAUCAGUACAAAGCAUAUGGUAAAAGCUUUAGGCAUGUCAUCAAGGAUUGCCUUCAGAAAGAUCCAUCGAAACGACCAACUGCUACCGAACUCUUGAAGUAUUCAUUCUUCAAGAAAGCUAAAGACAAGAAGUAUUUAGUGCAUUCACUAAUCGACAAUCUCGCUUCGUUACCCUUGCCAUCAUCACAUCAUCAACACGAUGCUCCCAAGAAGGUAGCGUCAGGAAAACUGAAGAAAGACAAAGACGGAAAUUGGGAAUUCGAACCGGAAGAUGCGGGAGACGAGAGUGAUUCGGAUUCAGAUGAACCAGACAAAGUGGCAGCCGCACCGCCACCUCCAGGCGGCACCGCUUCAGAUGCUACCCUUAAUCUGGUGUUACGAGUUCGAAACGCGGCCAGGGAGUUGAACGAUAUCAAAUUUGACUACACGGCUUCAGUGGAUACGGUUGAGGGUAUAGCACAUGAGUUGGUGACAGCCGAACUGAUCGACGGACACGACUUGGUGGUGGUGGCGGCGAAUCUGCAGAAACUGAUCGAUUUGGCGUUGCAGAAGAGCGAUCGCAAGUCGGUGACGUUUGCCCUCAACUCGGGUGUUCUACCCAACGAGGUACCCGAUGAACGUGCGCUCAUCGGUUUCGCACAAAUUUCGCUUCUCGACUAA